UACACCAGAUAACCCUUAAAAGUGAAGCAAGACUAGCAAGUUGUAUGAGUAAACGAAACUGUCCUUUUGACAGGAAAGAAAAACGAAACCUUGUUUACAUCUAUACUUUCACGAUGUGCUCUUCAUUUAGAACUCUGCAGGAAAUUGCUCCUGGACCAUCAACAACGACCUCCUCAAAGUCUUGGAUCUUAUCUUUGUCCACAAUACUACUGGUGGUUUCUAUAAUUGUUGCAGCUAUUGCAAUAGGGAUUCAGAUUUUCAAGCAACAAAAAAAGGAUUUUGAUGUUAUAGUGCAUCAGACAGGUGAACCACUCCGGAUUCUUCUGGUUGGAAAAACGGGGGUGGGGAAAAGUGCAACAGGCAACACUAUCCUGGGACAAAAGCUUUUUAAAUCUGAGAUAUCAUCCUCCUCUGUGACUGGACAUUGUGAAAAGUUUCAUGCAAUAAUAAAUGGCAGAAAAGUAUCUGUCAUUGACUCUCCGGGUCUGUUUGACACCAGCCUGACUACAGAUGAAGUGAUCAACAGAAUUAAACUCUGUAUUCCACUCUCUGCUCCUGGUCCACAUGUCUUCUUGGUUGUGAUUCAGCUGGGCAGAUUCACUGAUGAAGAGGCAGAAGCUGUUAGACUCAUACAAGCAGUUUUUGGUGAGGAAGCCUCCACAUACACCAUGGCACUGUUCACUCAUGGAGAUUGGCUGGAGGACAAGAACAUUCACACUUUUGUGCGGGACAGCCCAAAACUGCUCAGUUUCAUCAAAAAGUGCAGUGGACGAUACCACAUGUUCAAUAAUAAAGAACAAAAUCCUGAACAGGUCAUUCAGUUGCUGGACCAGAUUGAUAAAAUGGUCACUGGAAAUGGUGGGCAACAUUAUACCAGUGAGAUGCUUGAAAGGGCAGAGAGAGCGAUUGAGAAAGAGAAACAACGCAUCCUGAAGGAGACAGAAGAGCAGAGACAGAAGGAGAUAGAAGCUCUGAGGGCUGAAGUUGAGGACGAGGCCUAUAAAAAAGCAUUAAAAAAGUUCAAACGUGAAUAUGACUAGCUGGCAAGAUACCAAAGUGAGAUAGACCUUAAUCCAAGUGCUUAGUGCUUUAAUUAAAGCAUCAAGCAAAUUCUUAUUUUGAUCAUCUUCUGAUGUGAUCCCCAUGAAAACGGUUGCUAUUGAAGAACUUAAUUACAGAAGGUAUUUAAAAUCUCAUGAUUUAUAGUUUAUUUUUAACGUCAAGUGUGCAAAGUUAAAUAGAACUAAAGAACAUUUUACACUGCACAUUCUGGUAAAUGUGACAUUAAAGUUUAAUAAAAUGAAA